GGAUUUACCGGAACCGGAGUCCGCUUCAGCUGGUUCGACCGGAAGAGGAAGUGACGUAAACAUGGACUGAAGAGGUCAAUAACAGAUGAACAGGAAACAGUUAACGGACGACGUCAUGGAGGCUCAUCAUGUAUUCGUGUCAUGUGUGUAGCAUGUCGUGACGUCGCUGAGACGAGAGAGGAGGAGGAGAGAGGAGGAGAGAGGAGGAGGAGGAGGAGAGAGGAGGAGAGAGGUCUGCAUCGACACACUGAGACACUGAGAGCUGCAGCAUCUUCAUCAUCGUCUUCAGCCUCCAGUCGUCUCUCUGAGGACCAUCCAGGAGGAUGAAGGGGCUGCAGCGGCUCGGUCUGCCUGGAGCGUGAGCAGCCUUCCUGGGCUCCGUGUGCCUCGUCCUCCCCUUCUCUGGUCCUCCAUCUGUCUGCAGUCUCUCGUCCAUCAGCUGAAACAUGGACAGCUUCCGCCUGCCGCCCGUCAUCGAGGAGGUCCUGGAUCCAUCCGACGAGCUGUGUGAGCUGAAGGUGGAGAAGCCGUGUCAUGUCAUGUUGGCACAAACUCUGACGGCCAAAGAGAGGGAGUCCCUGGAGGAGAAGGAGGAGACGGUGGUGGGAGACGGAGAGAAAGGCCAGCAGGAGGAGGAGAAGGAGGUGACGGAGGAGAAAGAGGAGGAAGAGGAGCGAGUAGGAGAGAGAGAAGGAGAGAAGGAUGAGGAGGAGGAGCUGGAGGAGCUGAGAGCUCAGGUGAUCCAGCUGCUGCUGGAACUGGAGGAGACCCGAGAAGUUUCCCAGAGACACGAGGAGAGUUUCCUGGAGCUGCAGGGUCUGCUGGAAGACGAGCGGCUGGCGAGCGCCCAUCAGGCGGAGAGCUUCACCAGACAGAUCCAGAGACUGCAAGCUCAGCUCCGGUCAGUCCAGGAGGAGAUGGACAGUCUGGAGGAGGAGAAGGAGAGCGAGCUGGAGGAGGUGCAGGAGGAGCUCCGCUCGGCUCAGGAGGAGGUGCUGAUGCUGCAGCAGGCGGCUGAGGAGGCGGCAGCAGAGAGGGAGAACGACAUCGCCUCCCUGCAGGAGGAGCUGUGUCGGCUGAGGGCGGAGCUACAGCGUCUCCACGUGACGGCGCAGGAGUACGAGCUGGAGAUCACGACGCUGAGAGCCGAGAUCAGCAUGAAGAGCCAGAACAGAGAGGCACCUGGACCAGGUGAGCUCACGCCUGGACCGGGUGGACCAGGUGAGCUCACACCUGGACCGGGUGGACCGGGUGAGCUCACGCCUGGACCGGGUGGACCGGGUGACGUCCAUCAGCUGCAGGACGAGUUCGUCUCUCUGACGGGUCAACGUCAAACUCUGACCAGUGACAACAAACAGCUGAGCACCAAAGUGGAGCAACUGCAGCAACAAGACACGUGCAGUGAUGUGUACCUCGCAGUCAGGGCGGAGGGCGGCUGUAAGCGUGAUGCUGAGGUGAAGGCGGACUCGUACAUCAGCCUGUCUCAGUCUGGUCCUGAACACCAGGAGCGUCCUGGUGACUCCUCAUCGGUCCACGAGGAGUUCAGCACCUCCGAGCUGAACGUCCUGAAGGUCCAGCUGAGACAGGCCAAGGAGACGGCUCACAAAGUGCAGAGAGAGUGUGACGGGCUGAAGGGGGAACUGGGCGAGCUGCAGCAGCUGUACGACAGCAGCCAGCGAGAGCGAGCGGAGCUCGAGCAGGAGCUUCAGCGCUGCAAGGCCCAGCUCCAGAAACUGCUGGGCAGGAAGUCACAGAACUGCACUCGUCCGUCAGAGCCCCCUGUCCUCUCCAUCCCCUUCAUAGGAAUGAUUGUAAUAGUGGCCUUGAUUUGGUGCUGGUGGGAGGAGCUGGCGUCCUAGAGGGGUCCAGCACCGUGACGCUGAAGGCUGGAACCUGGCGGUGGCAGCGGUUGCCGUGGCAGCCAUUGUAGUUCUGGUCGUCCCCAGCUUCACCCGGGCCUGAGGGACUACACAGGAAGUGACCUCGCUGGGAAGUCUGGGAUUGUAGGAUUGCCGUCACCCAUCCAGCGCCACCAUCUACAUGUUGCUGUCCUGAUGUCUGCUUGUCGCGUCGACACCGCCAACAUGUUUUCACCACGGACGUCAGUGCGAUGGAGGGAAAAGCAAUAAGACUGUCCAAAGACUCGCCGUCAUGCUGAAGGUCAGCUGAUUGGUUUAUUGAUCAGCUGUGAGGUCAAACAUCAUCAUGAUCCAGGAAGAAGUUUCAAAAUAACUCGAGGUCGAUUGAUUUUGUGUCCCGAACACGUGAAAAAGUUGCAGAAUCACAAAAGUAUGAAGAGUAUCAGUAAAAUGAAAAAUCAGCCAAAGUGUCGUUUUAGUUAUUCUAAUGUAGUUUAAUCUCUUUGUUGUAAAAUCUGAAUCAUAAAUGUAGUAAGUAUUCCAACGUUGCUCUCAGAAAUCUGAUGAAGUAUAAAGUGAAAGUACUUCAGAGUAAAUGUAUGUCUUUAUUAUAAACUUCAGUAAACUGCGUUCUUAAGUCGAGAAUCAUAAAAUAAAGAGAAUAAAACAAACUGUCGACGAUGCUGCACAAAGUUUAAAUUUACCAGGUGAAAAUAAAAUGAUGUCAUCUCGUCAUAAAGCAGCACGUCCAAAAAUAAAAUGUAUUUUAUUUAAAUGAACAUAAAAUAUGAAGUGUAGCAGAAACCAUGUUUAACUGUUUAACCCUUCAGCUCCGGUUUGGUUUGUUCAGUUGUUUCACAGCAGGAAUCUGAGGUUAAUUCAUUAAUAAACAGAAAGUCAUAACUUUAGUUUGAGAAGUUUAAGAUUUAAAACGUGUUUCAUUCAUAAAAAAAUCAAACUGAUAAUCAGUAAAUGUUUUGUUCAAUAUUCAGAGCUCUAAAUGUUUUGCCUUAUUUUAGAUUUAAAUAAUAUUUUGCACUGAGCGACGAUGAAAGAAACUGUAGCAGAUCAUAUUUAUCUCUUUAACACUUCAGUCUUAUCUGUUAAUGUGAUGUGUUAUUUAACAGACUGAGAAAACUUAAUUAAAUUAUAUUUUUAUUUGAAUAAAACUUUCCUUACAAAUGAUUAAAAUGUCUGUAUGUUUAUAUGACCAAAUAUUUAGUGUGUAUCUGUUAAACAACCUCUGAAGUUAUUUCUGUAUUAUUUAUUAUUUAUUUAUUACUGAUCUCACUGUGCCACAUUUUAACACUCAGACAGAGACAGCUGGUUUAUGAUUUUAAAGUGCUGAAUGUUGGGAAAUGUAGUUUAACUGUUCAGCUCCUCGUUCAGACAGGAUUAAUAUUACAUAAAGGUAAUCUGUAAUUAAACUCAUUGUACCUGAUGCUAAAUUUAAAAAGCUGAUUAUAUAAAUCUAUUUAAAUAUGUAGAAGAGGCCCGAGGAUGGAGCCCUGUGGCACCUUCACUGUUUACACUGUUGACACUAAAGAGUUAAAACCAUGAAAAAACUAAUAUUAAAAUGAAUCCUGCUUCAUGUUUACGUUCACGUUGUGACCAAAUAAUCAUAGAAAAUAUAAUAAUGUUCAAACUGUGAUCCUGAUGAAACUGAAUCAGGUUUUUAGUUUCUGUGAUCGGUGACGUGUUUGCAUUUACCAAAUAUUAAUAAUUAAAAAGACAUUCCAGUUUAAUUAAAAACAAUUAAAAUUCAUCAGAAAAAAACAUGAAAAAACUGAAGUAUGAUGAACUGACGGCCUUUAACAAAACUAUUAGAUUUCUUUAUUUAGUAUAUGAUGAUUAAGUGACAUAUAUAAAUAUAUAUUGUGGUUAAUAGUUGAAUAUUAUUUAGGAUAUAACAGGUGAAUUGUUCUACAUGAUAAAUGUGUCAAAUUAUUAUUUUUAUUUAUUUAAUCAGUUGAAAAACCAUCAAGUCAUGUCAGCUGAUUGAAACUUUAGAAAUAAUACACAAACUACAGACGAUGAAUCACAAAGUCGAGAUUUUGACUUAUCUCUUUUUUUUAUUCUAACUUUAUGAUUUGGACGAUCCGUAACUUUGGGUUCGUUAAUCUAAAUCUCACAAUUAAAAAACAGAAGUCAUUAAUUUGAUUGUUUUAAUCAAAUAAGUGACGUCAUGUUUUGUCGUUUUAUAUCCAAACUUUCACUGAGUUUUUGAGUCAGCUGUUUUUGUGGCGUCUCUUAAUCGUGUCGACAGAACGUUUGGAGAACAUUUCAACGUUUUUAUUUUAUUUUUAAAAAGCCAAAUCUGAAAUCUCAUUGGAGGAAAAACCCUAAAUAAUCAACGUGACUCUGAACAUGUUUCCAUCACACGAUGUUUGUGUUUGAUUUGAUUCUAGUUUUGAGUUUGACAGUGAAAGGAAAUAAAGAAUCGGAAGGACAGAUUUUUAAAUUCUUCGUGCGGAUCAGAAACGUGGAUCCUGACAGACGUUAGCUCGCUGUAGCUCGCUCAGUGUCGCAUGUUAGAUUUAGAGAAGUCGCACACUUGCAUGAAAAUAGACGAGCUGUCAUUAUACAACGCUCACUGAAUAACAGUGGUAGCAUGAGCGCUGUAAUCCGAUUACUUCCAUUUGUUACUUUACGAACGUUUUCUGACUUUUGAUGAUUUGUGUUGUAAAAAGUUUUGAUGUUUUGAAUCUUUUUGUACGUCUUCCAGAUUCUGAUGAUCAGUUUCAUCUCCGUGCUUAGCUUAGCUUAGCUUAGCUUAGCUUAGCUUAUCUUAGGGGGGAAAUGCUAAGCUACCUCCAUCAAAAACUAAAUCCAUGUUCGAACAAGUUUGUCUGUUUUGCAUGUUACGUCUCGUCUUUGUGGGUAUCUGGUGAACAUUAUUAUGUUAGCUGUUAAUAAGCUAAUGGCUAAUUUAGGCUAGCCUACAAACAAUUAGAAUAUGCAACUUUAUGCUAGCUAGCUGUAGAUGUUGUUCUUAUAACCACACCAACAUUUAACUGAUGCUAACUGAUGCUAACUGAUGCUAACUGAUGCUAUACUGGGCUGUUUAUAACUGGUGUUAUAUCAGUUUUAGCAUAGCUUAGCACAAACACUGGAAGAUGAAUGGACCUGCUAGCCAGUGUAAGCAUAAACAGUGUGAUGGUAGAUACAGAGUUAGGUUUGUUUGUUGUUAUCGUAGUGACACAACAUAUUCCACUUUAUGCUAGCUGUAAUGUUAUGCUAGCUGUUUUAAGGAUUACUUAGCCUUUAGCUUAGCACAAAGACUGGAAGCAAGAGGAAACUGCUAGCCAGUGUUGCCACAAUGCUUGCACCUUAUUUGAGAAUUGUAGCUAACUGAUGUUUGGGUAGAUAGUAGCAUGUUUGGUGCUAGCUGUUUGAAGAUCUUUAGCCUAGCUUAGCUCCUGGUGCUAUGUUCACCUGCUAGGCUCCGUUUGCUGCGUGCUAAGCUAAGCUAACCAGGUCCUGGACCUGCACUGGACGCCCGGAGAUGACACUGAUUUCCAGAUGAACAGCUGAGAACAAGAUGGUUUGUCAACAUGUCUGACCGUUGAAACUCUUCCUCCUCUGCCCAUGUAGCAGCUGCUCGUCUAUGUUUUCUGUUAGCUUUAAGCGUGUUAGCUGUUAGCUGUCAGGUGUACUUUGUAAACGAGCAUGUCGUCAUCUGUUCUGCUUCUGUUGGAAAUGAUUCUUCUCGAUGUUUCUGCACAACAUUAAUGUCUCUUUAUUUUCUGUGUUGAUUUUGUUAAAGGGGCUGUACAGUUUGUAAAUGAACUGACCAAUAAAAAAGCUUCAUCUUGCC